AUGUGGUUUUCGACACCCUCGGCCGAGAGCCUCACGAGGCCACGGGUGGCUGUAGCUGUAGUUUCAGCGCUGGCUGCCAUCUCGGCAGGCUACUAUGCAUACCACAAUAGCUCGCCGCAUCUCGUCCUCGAAUUGCCUGACGGGACGCUGCAUCGAAGUAACGCGAUACGCCGAAACCGCCGCCGCUCUCGACGAUCUGGAACUGUUUCCAGUUCUUCCUCGGAUGUAGCUGGCGAUGAAAAUGCAGAAAACACCGAGCUGCCGCUACCGCAGCCCCCCACCGAAGGCGAGGCCGUCAUGCAGGAGAGCAACGAGGACGAGUGGUGGAACGACCCGAACCAGCUGCCUCCCCAGCGAGCAGGCCACAACAUCGUGAGCUUAUUGUUUCGCGUAUCAGAGGACAAUGCGCGUCGGAAUGGCUGCGUUCAUAGAGGAUGCCAGUGUAAUGCCUGUGGCAUGGUUCCUAUUCGCGGCAUCCGCUACCGCUGUGCAAACUGUGCUGAUUUUGACCUUUGUGAAACCUGCGAAUCCCAAGGUGUCCACAUCAAAACGCACAUCUUCUACAAGAUUCGGAUUCCAGUUCCACCGUUUGGCCACAGACAAAUGCAGCCCGUCUGGUACACUGGCGACCCGGAGUCUUGUCGUCGGGCCGUACCCAGAGGAAUCAUGGCCAGGCUCUCCAAAGAAACCGGAUUCGAGAGACCGGAGCUGGAAGCAUUCUGGGAGCAAUGGACCUUCAUGGCCAACACGGAGUGGAGAGAUGAUCCCGACCAGUUCUGCAUCGCCAUGGAUCGCAAGACAUUUGAACGCUGUCUCGUACCAACAGGGGCCUCUGCCUAUGCGGAACCCAAUUUGAUACACGACCGCAUGUUUGCGUUUUACGACUCAAACAAUGAUGACCUCAUUGGCUUCUCAGAAUUUCUUCAUGGUCUCUCAUAUCGACGACGGAAGGACAAGCUGCAGACUGUCUUUGACGGCUACGACAUUGACGGCGAUGGAUAUGUUAACCGCCGAGACUUUCUACGCAUGUUUAAAGCGUAUUACGUUUUAUACAAGCAAAUGCACCGAGACAUAUUAGACGGUCUCGAAAACCAGCUGCUCGCGAGCACAGAGGCACAGCAGCUCGUCAAUGGUCGACAGCCACUCAGUAGUCUUUUUGGACGUGAAGAGAGAGUACCACAAGCCGACUCGAAUAUGCGUUUUGAAGGCAAAACAUAUCAUCCCGAUGGCCAUGUUGAAGUAGAAAAAGACAAGGAAUCAGCUUUUGUCGAGAACGAAACCGAUACUGCUACGCGCAGAGAUAUUCUGACUAGCCUUUUUGCAUGCGAAACCGACAGACGGGCAAGACGACGGCUGGUAAUUGGCCAUGACGGUGAUGGCAACUGGAGAACUGCUCGUCGAGUAAGCGGUGCCGAUACUGACAGCAGUUACUGGCUUACUAUGCUUGAUCCGCCAAACAAUCUGGAACAGCUUUCCGAUGUUUUGCUCGGUAACAGUAAUGGGGUUGAGGAAGACAAUGCACAGCGGGACUCCCCCGAUGAAGACGAAGGCAAUGCCGUUGACGAACAAGGGCGCGAGUCGAAUGACUCCGAAACCAGGCCACCGACAGAAAGCGAAGCCCGUUCAAGAGCUAUCGAGCGCAGCCGCAGACAAGCCCCUAAGCUGGAGAAAAAGAAGCGUGAUAUGGCGAGGCGCAAAAUUCAUGAUCGAUGGAGACGUCGACAGUUUUACCUCGACGAGGAAGAAGGCGGCGCCGCUCCAGACGACUGGUCCGACGGUGAAGACAUUCUUGCCAAGGCAGAGCAAGCAGAGCAGCAGGAAAAGAGACGUCGGGAGAGACGACAACACGGCGCAUCAGCAUCAGUCAUGUCUGAUACAGAUUCCGACGACUCUCCGUUUCAUAUCAGACGCGAUACUCCUUCAUAUCGGCACGGAUUUGCAGAGAAUGACGCCGGAAAAGAAAUCUUGUACCAAGUGACGCAGCAAGCAUUCAAUGAGCUUCUCGACGUCAUAUUCAAGCCAGCAGAGGAUAUUGCAGUACAGGCUGCGGAAACUAGGCUUGAACGCGCAGCUUACGCAGACCUCAUCGAGGAGGUGGAUCUCUCUGAACCAGGCACAGAGGAAGAAGGCGACGAAGAAAAAGCAAAUGGUGACGAGACGUCUGGGGAGAAGCCCAUUAGCGAAAAGUCUCUAGAAGAAUUGCUGGUUGAUACCGGAUUUUCGGUGGAACCGUCAGAGCCUCGCAACGCGGUUGAGCUGGAGGUGGGAACUAGCUUCGUAGAAGCGCUGGAAGCGGAAGAAAAGGCUGUGGAUGCAGCGGUGACCGCGCCAGAGACCACAGAGUAUCGCGACCCCACGCUACCUCAACAUCGACCGAACACUCUGGCAGAGGCAGCGACUGCAGCUCCAUCUGCUACGACAUCCGAAGUCCCCGACAAUAAACAGGACCAGUCGUCGGAGCCCUCUAACAAGACGCUCAGGGAGUGGAAGCGUCUGAAUCUGGCUGAGAUUCAGGCUGAAGCCAGAGGAGGCUGGGGCAAGCUCAAUUUCGAAGAGUUUGAGGAAAUCUACAAGUCGCAGGAGACGCAGGGGAACAGACUCGACUAUUUGGGCAGUUGGAUCGACUUUUGCAUCCCCUAG